CAAGCAGCCUGUAUGGUCGCCCACUACCAAGAGCUGGAUGUGAUUCACGAAAAAGGAAAGCAUGAACGACUUACACAUAAAAGGGUAUUAAUAGAAGGAUUAUCAACACUCGACCUUAGAUCGGAUAUACUUAACUAAUAAUUACCAGACUGUUAUCUUAAUGAACGUUAUAUAUAUUUGGAGUAUACGUUAAGAGGGAUAUAAUCCACUGUUAUGAAACCACAAAAUAAAUGAAGAAUUUCACACACGUUUAGAGAAUAAUAAAGGGAAGAACAAUGAAGAAUGUAAUCGUCAUUCUGUUGUUCUAUCUGGUGUCAGACAUUAGGACUCUUCCAAAUGAGAUCAAAAUAGGUGGUUUAUUUGGAUUGAGGGAUCCCCGUAAUGUGGAGAAUAUGAUGAAGUACACGGUCCACAGGGUUACUCAUGGUACGGAGAAAUACCUAGGUGACUCGACGCUACGGUUUGCCAUUAGAUAUCUCAGCUCCGACGAUUCUGUGGCAGCAGGAGGAAUGGCUUGUCGUUUAGUUCGCAGCGACGUUAUGGCAAUUUUUGGACCACGGAGUAACGAUCCUUCAAUUUACGUGACGUCUUUAGCGGGUCGUCUGCAAAUCCCUCAUAUGGAAACGAGGUUCGAUUUAUCAGGCACCACUCACGAAUGGGCUUUCAACGUCUACCCUAAAGCAUCACUACUGGCCCGUGCUUAUUUCCACCUUACUCAACAUUUUCAACUGAAGAAGGUCUACAUGAUGUAUUCAAAUGAAGAUGAUUUUCUUCAAGACGUAUCAGAAGACCUCCUGAAUAGUGGUAUAGUUGAACUGAAAUUCAGACACAGUCCUUCGAAUGAGUUGAGGACAAUUCUAAUGCAGGCCAGAGAUCUGGGCUAUAAACACUUCAUGGUUGAAUUACCAGAAGGGGACAUCAAAGAACUGUUUAAAUUGGCAGUUUCUCUUGGAAUGGCUACCCCAGAAUAUCACUAUAUAGUGGUUAACAUGGACCUCCAACUAGUCGACCUAGCAGACGCACAAGCUGCAGGCAUAGGGAUGACGUCGUUCCGACUAGUAAACAGGGAUACCAUACCCAGUAACGAUCUUCUGGCUGACAUUAAAUCCUACGAGGAGAGGACCGGUUCAACUAUUUUAGAACCAAAUGGUUUACUUAAGACAGAAACAGCGUUGAUGUAUGACGCCAUAGUAGCGUUUGUGCAAGCUUUGUCUGAAGCAGGCAGGGCACGAACCAUAACGAAUCCAGAUAUUACCUGUCAGGGCGGAAGAGUUUGGCCAGAUGGCAAAUCAUUGGCGAGUUAUCUGAAUCAGAUAUUCUUCAAUGGUCUCUCUGGUCAGGUGACAUUCCGAAAUGGAAGGAGAACAUUUUUUGACUUGGAUGUUUUACAACUUCGCCCUGAUGGCUUAAAGCAUGUUGGUUCGUGGUCACCAGCAGAUGGCCUUGAACCUGGAGAUGACCUUAUUACUCCGAUACUCCCAAUAGUAACUACUACUCCAAUACUAACAACAACUGAGGAAGCAAUAGAGGAAGUAACCUCAACUACUUUAGCAACAACAACAAUGACUCCCAAACCAGAGAUCCCAGUUGUAAGCACAAUCAUUACUGAUCCAAAACCUGAAACAACUACCCCAGACUAUGUAACUAUUGAUCCAAACCAUAAUACCACCGAGAAGAUUGGUGAGAAGACUACUCCAAAAGGACCAAAUGCUGGGGAGGUAGUGGGGAACGAAAAGGAGCUACACGGAAGAAACUUGAGAAUCUCAACAGUUUUAAUGGAACCAUGGAUGAUGCUAAAACAGGAUGGUGUACCCAGAGUGGGUAACGAUAGAUACGAGGGUUAUAUACCAGACCUGCUAAAGGAAUUGAGGUUCAUCUUAGGUUUUGAUUACCAGAUCAGUCAGGUUUCAAAUGGAGAUUGGGGAGAGAAGACCGAACGUGGAGAUUGGAAUGGAUUAGUCGGUGAACUCGUCAGAGAUGAAGCUGACUUAGCAGCUGCACCUUUGAAGAUAACAAAUGAACGAGAGAAGGUAAUCGACUUCACGAUGCCCUUCAUGGAUGACUCUAUGUCACUCCUUGUGAAGCCAGAGCUGCUGCACAAACACACAGCAACAGAGGAAUCAUUUAGUGCUAGUGCCUUCGUCGUUUUUCGUCCAUUUUCAUUGGGAGUUUGGUUGGCCAUUAUAGGAUUAUUUAUUUUUAUCAGUUUCAUUAUGACACUGGUGUAUCAUUUCGAUCCAUAUGAGGAGAAACAAGAACUGAAGGAUGGCACAGAAGCCCCAAGGGGUCAGUUCAAUGCUGGAGGCAGCUUCUGGUUCACGUUGUCUACAAUGAUGAUGCAGGGAUAUGCUGCAGCACCAAAAUCAAUAGCAGGAAGACUGUUAGCUGUUUUCUGGUUUCAUUUCGUUCUUGUGGUAGUGAUCUCUUAUGCGGUUAGUUUAUAUGGAGUGUUAUAUAAUCAGGACAGAUCACCUAAACCUGGUGACAAAGUCAUUGAUGCCAUAGAAGAUCUCACAACAACGACACCAUUUUCAUAUGGCAUGAUAAAGUCGGGUGAACUGACGAACUAUUUUCAAUAUACAACUGAGAAGGUACAUACAAAGAUCUGGAAUAGUGUACUCCAUCAUGACACCCUCGUUGACAAUAUUGAAGAGGGUGUAAAAAGGACAAAACAGGGUGAUUUUGCCCUUAUUUUAGAAACAAGAAAAGCAGAGUAUUUAUCCUUAAAAAGUAAUUGUAUUUUAAAAGCAACAGCUAAAUCUAAUUUAUAUAAACAUAAAUAUGGACUAGCCGUGUCGCUAGGAUCUCCUUUGAGGAAAUCAUUUAACAAAGCUCUUAUCGAUUUAGAGAGAAACUCAAUAGUGCCAAAACUUUAUUCAAAAUGGUGGACAAAAUCUCCAGAGGAGUCGCCAUGUGACUUUACAAGUGCGAGUAAAGUGCCAUCUAAUGGUAUGCCUACAUUCAGUAUGAAAAACCUUUUUGGACCACUGAUCAUUGUAGGAGUGGGUCUGAUACUUGUCAUGAUAUGUGCAAUGAUAGAAAGAACAUUCCACAGAAAGAAAAAGACGUUUGAUGAUCGUCGAAACAUAGAGGAGUUAGCAGCAGUUCCAUCUCCCAGUAAUACCAAUUGUUACAACACAACACCAAAAGAAUUAGAAUAUAAUGGAGUGCCUCAUGACCAGGAAGAGAGGAAAAGUCUAGUGUUGACAGAAAACAUGGAGAAUGGAAAGAAAGAAGAAGAUACCUCCGUCUAACUUGUUAACAUAUAGCACACAUGGUGAUGAUCCAAAGAAAGCAGGUACAAUUGACAGUGCAAUAUCAUUGUAGCAAAUGAAAUGAUAAAAAUCCAACAGCCAUCAUAUUGCAUGGUUCUUGAUUUUAAGAAGUAUUUAGAUGUACGAUGUUUAAGAUGUACGAUGUCAUAAUUGAUUGUCGAUGAAUUUGAACAAAAUGAAAUGUCCAUUUGUUGCGGACCAAACAUAAAAUGAUACUAUAAUCAUCAAAUUUUUAAAUAUUCAUACAUAGUGUUGUUUAUAAAUGUUUGGAUGCAGAUAUGAGCGUUACGAUGGGAAUUAUACUGUAAAACAAUUACCCUCUGGUCC